AUGACUGAAACCCAGGUUAAGCAGUGGUUGACUCUCCAAAAUGGCCUGGACAAAGUGUAUCAGGGCACGGCGCCCAUGCCCUCGGCUGGCAAGGACGAGGUACUGGUCGAGAUUCGGGCUGUGUCGUUGAAUUACCGCGAUACAGAAGUCGCCAUGGGGCUGUACAACCACCACAAGUCUGUCGGCCAUGGCCAGCCCAAGCCGCUGGUCUUGUGCGCCGACAUGUGUGGUGUCGUGACGGCUGUGGGCGAGGGAGCCGCCUCGGUGCCCUGGAACAUCGGCGACCGCGUCGUCUCCAUCUUCAACCAAACCCACCAAAAGGGCCAGGUCAAGGCCAAGGACAUGGCGUCCGGGCUCGGCCUGCCGCUGGAUGGCGUCCUGCAGACUCAUCGCGUCUUCCCCAGCUACGGCCUAGUCAAGGUGCCCGAGUACAUGACCGACCAGGAGGCGUCGUGCUUGCCAAUCGCUGCCGUCACGGCAUGGAUGGCUAUCAACGGCAUGAGGCCGCUCGGCCAACCUGGCGGCGAAGGCGAGGUCGUCUUGGUCCAGGGAACCGGAGGCGUGUCGACCAGCGGCCUGCAGAUUGCCAAGGCGAGUGGCGCGAAGGUGAUCGUGACAUCGUCGUCGGAUGCCAAGCUCAAGAAGGCGCAGAGCCUUGGCGCGGAUCACCUGGUCAACUACCGCAGCACUCCAGAGUGGCAGGACGAGGUCAUGAAGGCGACGCACGACGAAGGCGCCGACAUCAUCUUCGAGACGGGCGGUGCAGGCACGCUACGCAAGUCGUUCGACGCCAUCGCAUUCGGCGGGCUAAUCAAUUCCAUCGGCUACCUGUCGGGCAAGGAGGACGAGGCGGGCGACAGGACCAACGUGAACGUGCUGGCGCUCCGGCGCAACGUGACGCUCAAGGGCAUCCUGAACGGGCCGCGCGAGCGGUUCGAGGAGAUGUGCGCCUUCUACCAGAAGCACGAGAUCCACCCGGUGAUUGACAGGGAGUUCUCGUUUGACGAGGCGGGCGAGGCGCUGCAGUACCUCUUCUCGGGCGGGCACUUUGGCAAGGUCGUGGUUGGGGUCAGGGCUUAG